AUGGCCUUAAUCGUGCGCUUGAAGAAGGUCACCAACCUGAGAGGCAAAGCGGACAGGAUAGCCAAGGUGGCGUUCAGAGGUCUCUCAUUCUACACUCGAGUGCUUGAGAACUGUGAGAAUGAAGCUUCAUUUGAUGAGACAUUCCGAUGGCCCAUCGCAAGCAGCAUUGAUGUCAAUGAGAUGCUGGAGAUUCAGGUGUUUAACUACAGCAAGGUCUUCUCCAACAGACUCAUUGGUAUAUUCCAGAUGGUCCUGCAGAAAGUUGUGGAAGAAGGACAAUUGAAUCUAACAGACACCUUGAUCGAUGACAACAAUGUGUCCAUUCAAACCAGUGUUUCCAUUGAGAUUCGGUACCAGGCCGUGGAUGGCAGCGUUGGGGCUUGGAAUGAUGAUGAAUUCUUGGAGAGUCCCAGGGUCCAUCCAGAUGGUGAUCCCCAUGACACUGAUGUCCUGCUUCCCAGCUACAGGCAGUCAAGCAAGACCAGCACUACAGAGAAAGCCUUCCGGAGAGCUGGAAGAGGAGUCUUUUCAGCCAUGAAGUUGGGCAAAACACGUCCCUCAAAGGAUGACCAUCACCGAAAGCAAGAUCAACCAGCUAUUUUGGAAGCAGAAGAUCUGGACCGUAAAGCAAUGCGACUUGGCGGUGGCCUGGAUCCAGAUACUAUCUCCCUGGCAUCAGUCACAGCUGUGACCACCAACGUGUCUAAUAAGAGAUCCAAGCCAGAUAUUAAAAUGGAGCCCAGUGCAGGAAGACCGAUGGACUACCAGGUCAGCAUCACAGUAAUUGAAGCACGGCAGCUGGUGGGGCUCAACAUGGAUCCUGUUGUGUGUGUGGAGGUGGGAGAUGAGAAGAAGUACACCUCCAUGAAGGAAUCAACUAAUUGCCCCUACUAUAAUGAGUAUUUUGUCUUUGACUUUCACAUUCCCCCGGAUGUCAUGUUUGAUAAAGUUGUCAAAUUAUCGGUGAUUCACUCCAAGAACAUCCUGCGCAGCGGAACCUUGGUGGGUUCUUUCAAAAUGGAUGUGGGAACCGUUUACACCCAGCCAGAGCAUCAGUUCUACCAUAAGUGGGCCAUCUUGUCUGACCCAGAGGACAUCACAGCUGGACUGAAAGGCUAUGUAAAGGUUGACAUCGCAGUGGUGGGCAAAGGAGAUAAUAUUAAGACACCACACAAAGCUAAUGAGACAGAUGAGGAUGAUAUUGAAGGGAACCUACUGCUUCCAGAUGGAGUUCCUUCAGAAAGGCAAUGGGCUCGCUUCUAUAUUAAGAUUUAUCGGGCAGAAGGGCUUCCACGCAUGAACGCUAGCAUCAUGGCCAAUGUGAAGAAAGCCCUCAUUGGGGAAAACAAAGACCUGGUGGAUCCUUACGUCCAGGUGUUUUUUGCUGGACAGAAGGGGAAAACAUCUGUUCAGAAGAGCAGCUAUGAACCUGUUUGGAAUGAGCAGAUAGUUUUUGCAGAGAUGUUUCCCCCGCUCUGCAAAAGGAUCAAGGUCCAGAUCCGAGAUUCUGACAAGGUCAAUGAUGUGGCUAUUGGAACUCAUUUCAUUGAUCUGAGGAAGAUCUCCAACGAAGGAGACAAAGGUUUCUUGCCCACGUUUGGCCCUGCCUGGGUAAACAUGUAUGGGUCCACCCGCAACUAUACCCUGAUGGAUGAGCACCAGGAUUUGAAUGAAGGCCUGGGUGAAGGGGUCUCCUUCCGAGCCCGUCUGCUUCUUGGUCUAGCAGUAGAGAUCUUGGAUACCAGCAACCCUGAAAUCACCAGUUCCACGGAAGUUCAAGUUGAAUUAGCAACUCCUGUCAGUGAUAGCUGCACAGGCAAGAUGGAGGAGUUUUUUCUCUUUGGAUCCUUCCUGGAAGCUACCAUGAUUGACAGAAAGAAUGGAGACAAACCAAUUAAUUUUGAGGUCACCAUAGGCAAUUAUGGCAAUGAAAUUGAUGGCAUAUCCAGGCCCACCAUCAAGAAAAAGAAAGAUGGUGGGGAUGGCAAUGAGGAGGAAUCUGAGCUGCUACAGAAUGACAGUGAUGAGGAGAUCAUUAUGGAUGGGGAAUUUUUCUCAGUCUCUACUUCUCCAGCCCUGAAACCAUUGAUUACUGACAGGAACUAUUUUCACUUACCGUAUUUUGAUAAGAAGCCUUGUAUUUAUAUCAAGAGUUGGUGGCAGGACCAGAGGCGACGUCUGUACAAUUCAAAUAUCAUUGAUAAGAUUGCAGACAAGCUGGAAGAAGGCCUCAAUGAUGUGCAUGAGAUGAUCAAAACUGAAAAACCACAUCCAGAGCGCCGUCUCCGAGGAGUGCUGGAAGAACUGAGCAGUGGAUGUCUGAGAUUUGUGUCUCUCUCCAACAAAGAUCACAACCACUCCUCCCGGACACGUCUGGACCGGGAAAGACUGAAAUCCUGCAUGCGGGAACUGGAAACGAUGGGCCAGCAAGCUAAGACCAUGAGAUCUCAGGUGAAGAAGACCACUAUCAGGGACAAGCUGAAGCAAUCCCAAAACUUCCUACAAAAGCUGCGGUUCCUUGCAGAUGAGCCUCAGCACAGCAUUCCUGAGAUUUUCAUCUGGAUGAUGAGCAAUGGCAAGCGCAUAGCCUAUGCCCGUAUCCCCUCCAAGGAUAUCCUCUACUCCAUUGUGGAUGAGGAAACAGGCAAAGACUGUGGAAAAGUGAAGACGGUUUUCCUCAAGUUACCUGGGAAAAGGGGAUUUGGGCCAGCCGGCUGGACAGUACAAGCCAAAAUGGAAAUUUAUUUGUGGCUAGGACUCAACAAACAGAGGAAGGAUUUCCUCAGUGGCCUCCCCUGUGGCUUUGAGGAGAAGAAACUUCCUGCGGGACAAGGUCUCCUAAAUUUCCCACCCAUCAGCCUCCUCUAUACUAAGAAACAAGUCUUCCAGCUCCGAGCCCAUAUGUACCAGGCCCGGAGUUUGUUCGCUGCAGACAGCAGUGGCCUUUCUGACCCUUUUGCCAGGGUUUUCUUUAUCACUCAAGGUCAAUGCACUGAGGUCUUGAAUGAAACACUUUGUCCUACCUGGGACCAAUUGCUGGUAUUUGACAAUGUUGAGCUAUAUGGAGAAGCACAUGAGAUGCGGGAUGACCCUCCCAUUAUUGUCAUUGAAAUCUAUGACCAGGAUACCGUGGGGAAGGCUGACUUCAUGGGCCGAACAUUUGCCAAACCUGUGGUAAAGAUGUCAGAUGAGAAAUAUUGCCCUCCACGUUUCCCACCUCAGUUGGAGUAUUACCAGAUCUAUCGGGGUAACUCAACUGCUGGAGACCUACUGGCUGCCUUUGAACUCCUUCAGAUUGGACCAGCUGGGAAAUCAGAUCUGCCUCCCAUCAGUGGACCCACAGAUAUGGAGCGGGGUCCUAUCUUGCCUGUCCCUCUGGGGAUUCGCCCUGUUCUGAGCAAAUACCGAGUAGAGAUUUUGUUCUGGGGAUUGAGAGACCUGAAGCGAGUGAACUUGGCCCAGGUGGAUAGACCUCGAGUGGACAUUGAAUGUGCUGGAAGAGGGGUCCAGUCAUCUCUUAUUCAGAAUUAUAAGAAAAAUCCCAAUUUCAGCACUUUGGUCAAAUGGUUUGAAGUGAAUUCUGAUGCUGUUGUGAAGGUGGACGUGUCAGAAGAAGAGAAAAAGAAGAAGAAGAAGAAGAAAGGAAAUGCAGAAGAAGUUGAGGAUGAGGAGCCUGAUGAGAGCAUGCUGGACUGGUGGUCCAAGUAUUUUGCUUCCAUUGAAACUAUGAAGGAGCUACUUCAGCAGCAAGAGGCAGCUGCCGCAGAAGCCGAGGAGAAAGAAGAGAUGGACACCACUGAAGGCUCAAAAGGCCAAGGAAAGACCAAAGACAAAGUCAAAUUAUCCAAAGAGGACAAGAAGAAAAAACAGCAGCAGCCCCAGCCAGAUGCCCCUGAAAAGAAGAACAAGCAGAAGAUCGAUGAAAUGAAGGUGUAUCCCAAAGAACUGGAGACAGAGUUUGAUAAUUUUGAGGACUGGCUGCAUACGUUUAACCUCCUUCGUGGGAAGAUUGGAGAUGAUGAUGACAAUUCUGCAGAUGAAGAUCGCAUUGUGGGAAGAUUUAAAGGGUCCCUGUGUGUUUAUAAAGUGCCUCUUCCUGAUGAUAUCACCAAGGAGGCUGUAUAUGACUCUACUUUUGGCAUGUUUCAAGGAAUUCCAAGCAAUGAUCCCAUCAAUGUGUUGGUCCGAGUCUACAUUGUGAGGGCUACUGAUUUGCAUCCUGCUGACAUCAAUGGCAAAGCAGACCCUUACGUUGUCAUCAGAUUGGGAAAGACAGAUAUCAAAGACAAGGAGAAUUACAUCUCUAAACAGCUGAACCCAAUCUUUGGAAAAUCCUUUGACAUUGAGGCUACAUUCCCCAUGGAAUCCAUGUUGACGGUGGCUAUUUAUGAUUGGGACUUGGUGGGCUCGGAUGAUCUGAUUGGUGAGACAAAGAUAGAUCUGGAGAAUCGGUAUUACAGCAAGCAUAGAGCAACAUGUGGCAUUUCUCGGAACUAUGCUGUGCAUGGAUAUAAUAUGUGGCGAGACCCCCAAAAGCCUACCCAAAUCCUAUCCAAGCUUUGUAAAGAAGGAAAAGUUGAUGGUCCCCACUAUGGCCCUGGAGGCAGAGUGAAGGUGACCAAUCAAGUCUUCACCGGCCCCAUUGAAGUAGAGGAUGAAAAUGGUCAGAAAAAACAGACAGAUGAGCAUUUGGCACUGACUGUGUUGCACCACUGGGAGGGAAUGCCCCGUGUGGGCUGCAAAUUAGUGCCUGAGCAUGUGGAAACAAGGCCAUUGCUGAACCCAGACAAGCCAGGCAUUGAACAGGGACGGCUGGAGUUAUGGGUGGACAUGUUCCCGAUGGACAUGCCGGCACCAGGCCCUGCCAUUGACAUCUCACCAAGGAAACCAAAGAAAUAUGAACUUAGAGUAAUAAUCUGGAACACUGAUGAGGUAGUCCUGGAGGACGAUGAUUACUUCACUGGCGAGAAAUCCAGUGACAUUUUUGUCCGUGGGUGGUUGAAGGGCCAGCAAGAAGACAAACAGGAUACUGAUGUCCACUACCACUCACUGACAGGAGAGGGCAAUUUUAACUGGCGCUACAUCUUUCCUUUUGACUACCUUGCAGCAGAAGAAAAGAUUGUUAUUUCUAAGAAAGAGUCUAUGUUCUCCUGGGAUGAAACUGAAUACAAGAUCCCCUCCCGACUCACAUUACAAGUGUGGGAUGCUGAUCAUUUUUCUGCUGAUGACUUCCUUGGAGGCAUUGAGCUCGACUUGAACCGCUUCCCACGUGGUGCUAAGACAGCCAAGCAGUGCAGCAUGGAGAUGGGAACUGGUGAAAUGGAGGUGCCCAUGAUCUCUAUCUUCAAGCAGAAGAGGGUGAAGGGCUGGUGGCCCUUUUUGGCUCGAAAUGAGAAUGAUGAAAUGGAGAUGACGGGCAAAGUGGAAGCCGAGCUUCAUUUACUGACAGCUGAGGAAGCUGAGAAAUGUCCAGCUGGAUUGGCUCGUAAUGAGCCAGACCCAUUGGAAAAACCCAAUCGUCCAGACACAUCCUUCAUCUGGUUCCUGAAUCCACUCAAGUCUAUCAGAUACCUCAUUUGUACCCGUUACAAAUGGCUCAUUAUCAAGAUUGUCCUGGCUCUUCUACUUCUCAUCAUGGUGGCCCUUUUCCUUUACUCCAUGCCUGGUUAUAUGGUCAAGAAACUUCUGGGAGCAUGA